CAGGAAGUGUAAUAUUCAGGAAGGAAGAGAUGCAUACAGACAGAGCUGAUUUACCUCGUGCGUCUAAAGGUCCGCUGACUCCCUCCAAGAUGCUUGUGGGAUUUGUCCUUGUUCUCUUCUCCCUGGGAUAUGCAAGCUGCUCUUUCCCCAAGGUGAGCUGUACAAUCAUGAACUUGAAAUAUAUUGACUGUAUCUGGAAUGAAAAUGGGAUCCCAGAGUUCAACUAUACUUUCUACAGUAAGUGGCAGAAGAAAGAAAUGUCAAAUUGUACCACUUACCUACAAGAGGGGGAGCACACCGUGGGAUGCAGGCUAAAUUAUACCAACGGCGAAAAGUUUGAAAAACUCUCCACCUACCUGUCUUUUGACAACCGUUCCUCCGAGACUCUGCAUGACCUUCAAAAUAGAGUGAAACUGAUGCCCCCCCACAACCUGUCAGUAAAGAUGCAAGGCAGCUCUGAGCUGUGGCUGUACUGGAAUAUUAGUGCAAAAAAACACUGUAUGGAGAGUGAGGUAUCCUACAGGAAGGACAUUGACGCAAAGGACACAACGACCGGUGCAUUACCUAGCAUGUCUUUCAACCUGCCCUUCCCAUCAAAGGUAAAUCGUUACACAUUCCAAGUGAGAAUCCGUGUGAUGGAUUCUUGUUUGCAGUCCAACUGGAGUGCCUGGAGCACACCUGUCUACUGGGGUCAAACAAAGCAGGUUAAUAGAACAGAAGCAUCUUAUGGGAACUGGCUGGUAUAUAUGUUACCAAUCGUGGGCUGUGUGGUGGUGGUCACAGUGGUUCUUCUUGCAUUUCAAAAUGAGAGGCUGAGGGUCAUCCUCAUUCCAAUAGUGCCAAAUCCUAGCAAGACCCUGGAUGACCUUCUCUAUACCCAUAAUGGAAACGUGGAGGACUGGCUCCAUAUCUCAAAGGACUUUGUUGAGGGAUUCAAGCCCAACUUCUCUGAGCCUGCCUGUCCCGUACGAGAGUACAACCUUAUUCCGCAGAUGAGCAUCAAUGGUUCAAUGAGUUCUCUUCCAGUUCUGUCGGAUGAAUCAGAUUGCCUCUCCACAUCAUGCUCCACCUCAGUUUCCAGCAUAUCUUGCCCACCAGGAGAUACACCACCUGGCCUUGUCUAAAAAGCCAAAAACAAACCCAUCCCUCUCCAUCAUCCUUAAGCAAAGAGUGUCUUUUUAUAUGCAGACAGCAGAUACUUUAGGGGUCGGCAACAUUUCCCAUGGUAAAACUUUGAUGUAGUGAUUAUUUAAUUAAUGUAAAAACAAUGAAAGCAUUUCAAAUUGAUCAAUUCAAAAGAAUAAAAACAUGAAUGCGGAUGACACAUAACAAUCUAACAAAGUGACUGUGGAGACCGACAUGUAUACAUAUACAGGCGAAUAAACGGAAAUGACAAUCAGGUGAGAGAAUGGAAAUGAGGAAAUAACAAACAGGUGAAAUGGCUGGAGUGUGCGGUACGGAGUGGAACACAACACGGGGUGUGACAAUAGAAAUAAAAACAGAUGAGACAAACAGAUGCGGUGAGAAACACAGAACAGAAAACGACAUGAAAAUAACUGAUGUGAAACAUAAAAAAAUGAAUGAGGGAAAACCACAGAAUUUGACACUGACCCCUGGUUUUAUUAGAUUAGACUAAACUUUCUUUUUAUAUUUCAUUUUUUUAUAUGCUCUUUAUGUACUCUAUAUAUAUAUUAUAUACUCUUAUGAUCUACUACACAUAACCUUUUUUUAAAUGAAUUCUCCUGGAAUAUUUUAUUAUUUCAUUUUAUUUACCAAAUACCAAAUUUGUUUUAUUUCUCACAAUAUGAUCAUGGUCAUUGUGGCUUAUAAUGUAUUCAAGGACAUUCACAAUUUUCAAGUACAAAAAUCACUGUGGUGUUAAUGUGCAAUGGUGGAUACAAACAACAAAAGUGUUAUUGGCAUGUAAAGCCUAAUGAGGCAAUUGUAAUCCCUGCUAUGAUUGUGAGAGUGUGCAAUGGUUUCCGACCCUUGGUUUUAUGACUAAACUUUCUUUUUAUAUUUGAUUUGAAAUAUUAGUAAAUUCUGAAUGUUUUUUCUUUAUAUGCUCUUUAUUUACUGUUAUGAUCUACUGCAGAAAACUCUUUUUUAUUAGAUUUAUCUAUAGUAUUUAAAUGUUUAUGGUAAAAAAUAUAUUUGCUCUUUAUGUACUCUAGAUAUACUUUAUAAACUCUUAUGAUCUACUACACAUAAUCCUAAUGUAAUAUUUCAUUAUUAAAUUUUAUUUACCCAAUAGAAAA